AUGCCCGAUGGAGAGGACUUGUUAAAAGUCGGUAAAUUCAACCUGGUAGAUCUUGCCGGUUCCGAAAAUAUAAGCCGAACGGGAGCUGAGAAUAUCAGGGCCAAGGAAGCAGGAACAAUCAACAAAAGUUUAUUAACAUUGGGACGAUGUAUUAAUAGUCUAAACGACCAUGCCGUUCAUAUACCGUACAGGGAAAGUAAAUUGACGCGACUAUUACAAGACUCGCUAGGAGGUCGAACAAAAACUUGCAUAGUUGCAACUGUAUCUCCUGCGAAGCAAAGUUACGAAGAAACUUUGUCGACACUAGAUUAUGCACACCGCGCGAAAAAUAUUCUCAAUAAGCCCGUUGCCAAUCAGCGCGUCACCAAGAAAGCAUUGAUAAAAGAGUAUAUCGGUGAGAUUGAACGCCUGAAAGCGGAUUUGCUGGCUGCCCGUGAGAAAAAUGGGGUAUAUAUGGCGCAAGAGUCAUACCAAAAACUCGUUGACGAGAACCAGAGUCGUAAAGAUGAGAAUGAUGAGCUAAGAAAAGUGAAUGAAGAUCUCAAUGAAAAUAUACAGAAAUUGGAACAAGAAAACACGCAAGUGAAUAACAAGCUUGCUCGUUAUAUCGCAAUCGAUAACCAUAAUCGCAAGACUUUUCAGGAAUUUCACGAAGCCCUCUUAUGUAUGACGUCGCAAUUCGAAUCGAAACUUGGUGAAAUAAACUUGAUACACAUUGAAUUCGGGCGGUCAGUUGUCGAUAAAACGAAAGAAUUCAUGGAAAACCGAACAACGGAAAUUUCCGAAAAUCUGAAAUAUAUUGAUAACAGGCUCGAUCUUUUUGAUAAACAAAAGGAUAAUGUAAUCCAAUUGCUAAAGAAUGAAGAGAAAGUUGCAUCAAACUUUUAUCAGGAGCUCUCUAAAUUUCGCGAAGAAUCGACAAAAGAUUUGAUGCAAAAAGAAUUAGAAUUACGCGCGAAUUCUGCAGCAAUGCUAGAAGGAUUGAGGCAUCAAUUAUCGGUUCAAUUUGAUAAGAUUGAGGAUGACCUGUCCUUCUUAGGGAAAGCGACCCAAUCACAUAUUGAAGCACAGAAUCGAGUCAUUGGGAAUUAUAGAAACAUCACACGGGAUACUACAGAGGCCGAGAAAAAGUUUUUGAUGGAGCAAAUUGAAGCACUGACAAACGUUGUACAAGAGGAGAGAUCCAAAAGAAUGUCUAUGCAAGUAGAAUUUUUGGCAAAUAUCGCAGCUUACAUGACAAAUUUCGAGACAUCUCAGUCGGCUAAGCUCGAAGCCGUUGUCGGAACAAUACAAGAUUCCAUUAAAAAGAGGACAUUUAAAGAAAAAAACAUAGGUGCCUUCGAAGGAAUGAUUUCAUCGAAUACAAGUUAUUUGGAAAAUUAUGAAAAACAAUAUGAAUCCACUAAAGAAAAUCUAGCUGCUCUUGCAAAGGAAAGUCUACCCAGAUUUGUCUCCACCGUCUACUCCAUAAAGGAUAGCGUUUCAUCGCAAUUAGAUGCAUAUAAAAAUAAAAUUGACUCGACUAUGAUAUCACUGGACGCCUUAACGACAGCCGCCAACGAAGAAGCCACGAAACUGCAUCGGCAACAUGAUCGAUUAUUUGAUGAUUUCGCGACUGGAAUUGCUCAAAGUUAUUCCGACAUUCAGAACAAGAUGCUCAAGACACAAAAUGAACUUAAAGCCAGCACACAAAAUAUUGUAGAAUUGAAACAAAACAGUGAUAAUACAACGAACGACUUAUAUAGUGAAGUCGCUAAUCGGAUUAAGAAAUCACGAGACGAAAUUAAUUCCUUCCAACUUAUUCACCGUGAACACGCGUGA